UCUUGCUGCAACCACUUCUCUUAGAAAAAGGAAAUUAACAACAACAAAAUGGUGGUGGAGACUUCCUUGGUGCUGGUGGAUAACACAUUGAUGAAGGUGGCUAUUUUUGUGGUAGUUCAAGCUUUGGUUUAUCUCAUCCUUUCAAGUUCAUCCAAUCUCUUUUCCAAGAACAAGUUGAGGUCAUUCAACAGCUUUAGGCCGGUUCGUUCUGCUAGCAUUAACCGUCUUCUGGCUGCCUUCUCUGACUUACCAACUGGUGCUGCUGAUGAUCCAGCAUCAUCAUCCUGCAGCCCUAAUCCUGCUAAAUAUAGAUGAUUCAUGUCCUAUAUAUAAUUCUCUUUUAUACUAUUGAUGAUGAUAUACACUUCAUUCUUUACGUAUAAGCUGUAAUAUUUGACACAUGUAUAACUCUGUAAAAUAUAUGUCUUCUUUCGUUGUUUAAUUAAGUAUUGUUAUAUGUUAA